UAAAAUACAUUUGUUAAUUCAUGAUAGUGGUGCUAAUAUGGUGAAGGGUGUCCGUUUGGCUAAGUACGAUUCUGCUAGAUGUUUUAUACAUACACUUCAAAGAGCAAUAAACGAGUCACUCAAAGUGCAGACUGAAGUGACAGCAAUGAUUGCUGCUGGCAGGCGACUUGUAACGCACUUCAAUCACUCAGGUUUAGCUCAAGAAAAACUGCUGACGAUUCAAAAAGAGCUAAGUUUACCCGAGCAUCAAUUAGUGCAAGAUAUUAGCACUAGGUGGAAUUCCACUUUUUACUUGAUUGAACGUUUGUUAGAACAAAAGCGUGCCAUAUCAUUGUAUGUUGCUGAUCACGAUACAUUCGUAAAUUUGACAGCUCAACAGUGGAGUUUAAUGGAGCAGUGUAUCAAUUUAUUAAAGCCCUUCGAAGAAAUAACAAAAAUAACAAGUUCUGGACUAUCCUGCGUGUUGGAAGUUAUUCCACACGUAACUGCUUUAAAAAAAUACUUAGAUAAAGCUGAAACUGAGCAAAGAACUCCUGAUUUAUCACAUAUGCGCGCCUCGUUAAAAGCUGAAUUAGAAGUUCGUUUUAACUCCAUAAGUCAAGACUUAAACUACUUGAUUGCAACUUACCUAGAUCCGAGAUUUAAAACAAACUACUUGGGGGUGAUUGACGCUGAAAGAGCACGCCAGGAGAUCUUGUUGGAAUAUUUAAAAAUGUCUUGUGAAGAGUCCUCAAGUAGCAGUUCAUGUUCAACACCGGCUAAAAAGAGUAGAGGAGAGGAGACAGAGUCAGCGGUAUCUCGCAAAGCUCAUGACACGUUUUGGGAUUGUUUUGAUGAGGUAGCAAAUGAAAACAAUACUGGCCAGGUUCAACGCGAAGAAAGAAACGCGUUAACCUGUGAGCUGGAUUUUUAUCUCAAGUCGGUGCGAAUUGAUCGCAAUCGUGACCCUUAUUCUUGGUGGGCAGCUAAUGCCAAACAAUACCCAAAUUUAUCAAAGUUUGCCAAAAUCUAUCUUUCAGCACCUUGCAGUAGUGUGUAUAGCGAAAGACUUUUUUCUGAAGCUGGCCUUAUUUAUGAAAAGAAGCGAAACCGCCUGCUGCCUCUCAAUGCAGAAAAAUUGGUUUUUAUUCACCAUAAUUUGCCCUUAGUACAGUAUGAGUACUAAUUAAUUAAUUUUCUACUUUAAACAAUACCUAAUUAUGUUUCUUAAGUCUUACUAAAUAAAGUAAAUAAUUACUAAACAAUUUUUUUUUAUCCAGAUCUUUUUUUAUUUCGGCCGGAUGUCUAUCCGGCCGAAUAGUAGUUAUCCGGUAUUCGGCCGGAUAGCAUUAAGGCCGCCGGAUAGGCCGGAUACCGGAUUGUUACCGGAUAUCCGUUUCAUCUCUAGUUUUUACGCCCGCGAGUGAGGUUAACAAUAGUGAUAUAUCAAUACUAUGUUAAUUCUAAAGUGUGUACCUACCUACCUCAUUAGUGUUCUAUAUAGGCCGACAAUUAAUCUAACAAUGCCGCAAAGUGAAGCUCAUAGGGACAUUGAUUUUUGAUCCAAAACAUUGUUUUUAUGACGAGCAAAGUCACCUACGCAUCAUACCUUAACGCGAUCCACUGGUUCUCAGAGCGUUUCGAUCGCUGCCGCCGCGCCGCGCUGUCAUUACAAUUUUUCAAAUUAUGACAAAGACAAGAAUUAGUUUUACUCAAAGUCAAAAAGAUAUAUAUCUGACCUUAAAAUAAUAAAUCUGCAAUGUGGUAAUGUCAAUUUUAUAAAUGAUUGAUUUUGGAAAUGAUUCCUUCCUCAAGAAAAUUGACGGAUCGUAAUGACAGCGCGUACGCAGCGGUCGAAACGCUCUGAGAACCACCCAUGGAUCUUCGCCAUGAUUUACUUUUCGACCUAAACUGAUAUUACAAAUUAUUUUAAUUGAGGUAAACCGAGAGGUGAAGUUCGCGCAGUGGUAAAGUUCUUGCCACUGAACCGAGAGGUCCUAGGUUCGAUCCCCGGUCGGGUCAGUAUCCAUAUCGUUGAGUUAGUAUUCCGUAACACAAGUCUCGAACUUACUUUGCUAGCUAGCUCAAUCUGUCUGAUUUGUCCUGAUAUAUUUAUUUACAUUCAUUUUUGGUUCCCAAAUUGAACUGAGUUGCAUUGGAAUCGUUCCGUAAAUGUUGAUGGUAGGCCUGCCGAGGUCAAUGUACAAUAUAAUCUUUAAUACCAAUGUACCUACUUAUUUACUGUCACCAAAUCGAGUGUUUCGCAGAUUUAAUUAUAAAGAUAUUUUAUCUCGAUAUCAAUCGAGUCAUGUUUUCACGACAAACUUCUGGUCUGAUUUUGAUGAAAUUUGGAUGAUGAGUGUGUAAAAAAAUGGUACCUACCACGGGCGGAGGUGCGUGCAUCUGUUAUAUUUAUUUUUAUAGACAAGUUAACAGUGUAAAUAUAAAAAAUUACAAAUAUUAAACUAAGUACAAAAAUACCUACUAUUUUUUUCUAUAGAAAUUUCUUCCAGACCGCGAAAGAAAAAUGAAAUUAAAUUAAACAAUAGGUAUAUUAAUAAAUAAUAAUACUUUAUAUUGUUGUAGAAAAAAUGUCGUUAUGAGCUUUAUUGCUAUUUACAACACAACGCACAAUACAUUAGUAUAUAAUAGAAUACGUCGUCUUUUGUUUGUCUUUGGCGUUUUGUGACGCGUCGUAGCGUAGCAUAUGGCUUUAUGGACUCUGCCAUCUCUUUUGCACAUAUAGCGUGUGACUGAGAUGGGUCGGAAACUAAUACACGUAACGCAACGGACGCGAGUAACUUAGGGAAAAAUUAUAAAAUUCGUAUUUGUAUGUUUGUAACAUCUUGUAGAAUUAAAUGACGAUUUUUUAAUUAUUGUAACGUUCCACGUGAAAAGGUACCUUAUGGAGAGCAGAGUUGACGUAUUAUACGCAUCUACAAGGUUACUGGUAUCUAACGCAUAACCUUCCAAAGGCGCAUAAGGUACAUAGAGACUAACAUCUUUUGUUCUACGACUUUUGUCUAAACGUAAUAAAUAAAAUUUAAAAAAACUUUCUAUAAAACGUUACCUCUAUGUUCGACUCCGCUACUGUACUGUCUCGUGUUGCUCGGCUAUUACAUACAGUUAACAUGUGUACAAGCGCAAAUUAGAUUGUAUUUUUGCCUAUGAAUAAAAAAAAACUAUGAAUCACGAAAAGUCGUAUAAUAAAAGUUGCUUGUUUUGAUGUACCCAAGUAUUUUUGCGUUUGACACCCUGUAUAAUAAAAAAAUAUAGUGAAACGUCAUAAGCGACUUCCCUCCAUUUUCUCGCAGAACGUCACAAUUAUUGAAAAUCGUGUGUAACUCUUCGUUGUCACACCGGCUGGAAAAAAAUCAUGCUGUUCUGAACUUUAUGUCGUUACAAUAAAGAUCACAAUAGACUCGUCAAAAUAUGCACCCUGUCAAAAAGUUAAAGCAUACAUUUAAUGUAUUUUAUGUUUCGUCUCUUUCUGUCAAUGUCAAAUAUUUAAAAGUGCGAUAGAGACAAAACGUAAAGUCUGUCAAGAAAGUGUAGUUAAAUGAAGGAAUUAAAUGAAGUCGCAGUCUCCUGUCAACAACACUGUGUGUUUAUCAACCAAUCCUGAUCAUUCUAUUUAGUAUUGCAAUGGCGAAAAAAUAUUUUCCUCACCUUCAUGACAGACUGUAAUACAGCAGUAUACUUAGGUCCAGGUAAUUCGUUUUUGGCGUAGCUAAAAUAGCGUAGUUAAAAUUUUACUUCGAGCAUCCCUGUUAUUGUAAGUUCUUAAUUGUUUCUAUAAAUUAUAAAUAUCAAUGUUCCUUUAUUAAGAAAGAGCUGACACGAUUUCUUAAUUAAUAACUUUGUGAAAAAAACGCCAUUUUGUGUUUGAAAAUUAAAUUAAGUGCGCUUUUAGAUGCAAAGUAAAUAUAGGUAUUGCUAUCUGUUGCCAAUUCAAGAUUCUAAAUCUCUAAAUCUUUGACGACCUCGGUGGCGCGGUGGAAAAGUGCUUGCCACUGAACCGAGAGGUCCCGGGUUCGAUCCCCAGUCGGGUCAUGAUAGAAAAUAAUAUUUUUCUGAUUGGCCCGGGUCUUUGAUAUUUAUCUAUAUAUGUAUUUGUUAUAAAAUAUAGUAUCUUUGAGUUAGUAUCCCAUAACACCAGUCUCAAACUUACUUUGGGGCUAGCUCAAUCUGUGUGAUUUGUCCUGAUAUAUUUAUUUCAAUAUGUAUUUCGUUUCUUUUUCGUUAUAAUAAUUAGCUUCUGAAUCGUGUCAGUGGGCAUUAUCUGUUCUUGAUGAUGUUUGUCUAUUGUAAAUACGAAGCUCUAAGUGUGAAAAUAAAUGGUUAUUUCAAUUAUCACAA